AUUCUUCUGAAAAUUUCCUGUGUGAAAGGUAGUGUUAAAAUUUCAGUGGAAAAUAAAUUUAAUUAAAAAAAAAAAAAGCAGUUCUUUAUUAAACAUAAUAAUUAAAAAACUUCAAAUCAAAAUGUACAACAACGUAAUGACACGUCCGAAUGGUGUAAAUAGAAAUGGAUACAAUAAAGAUGGUCGGGUUGUACCUAAUCGUAAUGGGAUGCAACCAAAUCGGCAUGUUGCAGGUCCUCCGCGACCAAAUCCUAAUAAAAUUAGAGCACCAGAGGUAGAUUAUGAAGCUCUUCGACAAGAAAGAUUAAAACAAUGGGAAAAUUUGGCUCCGUUUAAGAAAAAUUUUUAUAAAACUUCUACAUCAGUUGAAAACCGUCCCAAAGAGGAUGUUGAUGAUUUUUUGUCUAAAAAUGAAAUAACUGUCAAAGGAAAAUCUGUUCCGGCGCCAACUUUGGAAUUUUUGGAGAAUGGUUUUCCAGAUUAUGUUAUGGAUGAAAUAGUUAAGCAGGGAUUUACUGAACCAACUUCCAUUCAGGCCCAAGGAUGGCCCAUAGCUUUGAGUGGUCGGGAUAUGGUUGGUAUUGCUCAGACUGGUUCAGGAAAAACUUUGGCUUAUGUUUUGCCGGCUGUUGUUCAUAUCAAUCAUCAACCAAAAUUACAACGUGGUGAAGGUCCUAUUGCAUUAAUUCUUGCACCAACACGCGAAUUGGCUCAACAAAUACAAAAAGUAGCACAAGAAUUUGGAUCUCGUACUCGUGUCAAUAAUACUUGCAUUUUUGGUGGAGCACCAAAGCAUGCUCAAUCUCGAGAUUUACAACGUGGUGUUGAAAUUGUUAUUGCUACACCUGGAAGAUUGAUUGACUUUUUGGAAAGGGGAAUAACAAAUUUGAAACGUUGCACUUAUUUAGUUCUCGAUGAGGCUGAUCGUAUGUUAGAUAUGGGAUUCGAGCCACAAAUUCGUAAAAUUAUAUCACAAAUUCGUCCUGAUCGUCAAGUAUUAAUGUGGUCAGCAACAUGGCCGAAAGAAGUUCGUAAUUUGGCUGAAGAGUUUUUGGACAAUUACAUCCAAAUUAAUAUUGGUUCUUUGAGUUUGGCUGCAAAUCAUAACAUUCUUCAAAUAGUUGAUGUUUGCGAAGAAACAGAAAAAGAAACUAAACUGAUGAAGUUACUAACUGAAAUAUCAUCUGAAAUUGAUACGAAGACAAUUAUAUUUGUUGAAACUAAAAAACGUGUUGAUGAUAUAACACGUGCAAUUGCACGUCAAGGCUGGCGUGCAAGUGCAAUACAUGGUGAUAAAUCUCAAAAUGAACGAGAUUAUGUAUUGAAUGCAUUCCGUAAUGGCAGACAAACAAUUUUGGUUGCCACUGAUGUUGCAGCAAGGGGUUUAGAUGUCGAAGAUGUGAAAUUUGUGAUCAAUUAUGAUUAUCCAUCCAAUUCGGAAGAUUAUGUGCAUCGAAUUGGGCGCACUGGUCGCUCAAAUAACACGGGAACAGCAUACACAUUGUUUACGCCACAAAAUGCAAAUAAAGCGAAUGAUCUGGUAAAUGUUAUGCGUGAAGCGAACCAGGUAUCACAUCCCAUAAACCCUCGUUUGUUGGAAAUGGCAAGAUUAACAAUUGGUUUUGGUAAGAAAAAUCGUUUCCAAAAAAAUAUGGCACUUGCAGCUGCAAAUCAACCACGUAAAAAUAUCUACGGAUAUAAAAUAAAACCUGGACAUGAUCAAAAUGGAAAACCCCUGCAGUCAUAUCAGCAACAGCAACAAAUGCAACAGCAACAUCCACAUUAUAGAAAAAUGGAACCAAAUCAACCACACCCAAAUGGUCAUGUAAAUGAUCCAUCACAACAAAGAGUUAAUGGAUACAAAUCAAGAGUUUCGCCAAUAACAGAUGAAACAUCAGAAAGAAAUUCAAACCAACAAUAUAAACAUGGAUAUAAAAGAACGUCACCAUAUAAUUUAAAAGAAAGACCAAUUGUAAAGAAAUAUGAACAAUAUAAAAAAUCUGAUAAUCCACAACAACGUCACUAUAAUGGAAAAAUCCAGGGUUCAGAUGACGUAAUUGUAAAUGGACAUCAAAAUAAAUAUGGCCAUCAUUCACAGCAACAAAUGCAACAGCAUGGUCAAAUGAUGAGUGCGCAUCAUCAUCACCAUCAUCAUCAAGCAACUCAACAACAUCAUUCCCAUUAUAUUCAGCAAUAUGCUGUUCCCGUUAGCUAUACGUUACCACCACACAUAUAUGCAUAUCCACCACCACCAUUACCAGUUAAAAAUUAAGUUUCUACUCUAAUUUUCCAAAAUAAAACUAAAAAAAUAUUUUUAAAAUUAUACGAUAUACAUAUAUUUCUCUUCUAUGAACAAUA